GGGCUUCAAAGAAUGGGAAAACGUUGAGAGGUAUCCUGGGAGGAAGGGGGUAUUUGUUAUAAUGUCUACAGCCUCAGACUACUGGGAAACUGCAACACACAAUGACUCGCAUAUUUUUAUUGGGUUAUGGAGAGGAUGUGGGACUGUAUCUGGUAAAAAAUUGUGUACACAAAGACCCAAAAGCAGUGCUGCUUUGAAAGUAACAACUAUUUUCAUGGUAUUGGGAUGUCUGGGAUACUUGGCUGCUACCACUUACUGCGCUAUCAUUCUGAUUAAAAAAGAACUAUCAAUAAGAUUACUUGCUGGAAUACUUUAUGCAACAGCUUUCCUUUUGCUGGUUGCAUUAUGCUUGUACACAGUUAAAUUAAGCACAACGCAAUUUACAUACGGAUGGUCUUACAUUGUUGGUUGGUGUUCCACAGUUGUUUCUUUCAUAGCUGCAGGGCUCUGUUUUGUUGGGCACGGUGGUUAUCAGUCGAUAGCUUAAUGAUUCCCUUAACUUUUAAUUUUUUUUUACUGAUUAAAACAUAGUUUAUCUUUUUUUAUUAUCAAGAAAUGUUUUCUAAUGUACUUCAGAAUUUUGAGAUGUUAUUUUUUAUUUGAAACUUAAAAGAAUCAAA